UCAAUAUGAACCGCAUUGUACUUGUCGCUCUUUCGUGUAUUGUAGCAAUCAAUGCUCAGCCUCUCGGCAUCGGUGGUAUGGGACUUGGGCUCGGCGGUAUAGGAAUGGGACUUGGCGGAAUGGGAACAGGUCUCGGCGGUAUGGGGACCGGUCUAGGUGGGAUGGGAAUGGGUAUGGGUACAGGUUUAGGAAUGACUGGACUGGGAACCGGCCUAGGAAUGGGUUUGGGAGGAAUGAGCGGUGGAUACACUAACGGUGCCGGCUACGGUGGACAGCAGUUCGGUAGCGGCGCCAGUGGUAUGGGAAACCAGGGGUUCAAUACAGCUGGUGUAAAUGGUUUUAACAAUGUGGGUGGCCACAAUAACAGGGUAUUAUCUAUAAACCAAGCAGACAGUUCCGGCUUCCACAACAUUGGCGGUGGCUCUGCCUUGAACAAUGGCGUUUACGCUGGCAACGGUUAUAACGGAUAUCAAAAUGGCGCUUCACAGUUCGGCAAUGGCUUCGGCUCGGGCUCUCAAGGAGUAAUUUUAUAAAAAAAAUCACCGAAUUGUCGUAUACAAAUAUUUAAGGUAUAAAUUUAAGUAACUAUUUAUUUAAAUAAAAAAAUUAAAACAAAUAA